AUAGAUGUUUCAAGACUUUUGAAUGGUUGUUUAUUAUAGUACUGUCUGCUGGCAAUAUCAAGACAACCAUUAAACCAGCCAACAAAAGUGAAACAUUGAUUGCUAUAGCAAAGACUGAAGCUGCAUUCCGCCACUCCUCUGGUUUUAUGGAGGGUUAAUGAUGCCAUAAUCUUGCACAGGCACACAGGUGAUUUCCGCAUGCAUUCUUCAGGAACAGACAGGGUCAAAGUUUGAUCUGCAGAGUUAAAGUACGACUAGUGUGAAGAUGAAGGACCCGCUGAGCAGCUGUACUUAUAAUCUGCUGUAUCAGGAUCUGAAGAGAAUCUCUAAGAAUGGCGAGUUUUUCUGCAAAGAGCUCUUGGCCGUCUUUCAGCAAAGAUCUGAACUGGAGCUCAACUAUUCGAAAGGACUUCAGAAGAUCGCAGGGAAACUUCUUAAAGUCUCGAAAGAGAUGUGUGACAACUCCACAUAUCGUGCGUGGUCCUUCAUUUCAGAUGAAAUGUACGCCUCAGCAGAUGCCCACCGCAUACUGGCAAGUGCUCUCAACCAAGAUGCUAUUCAGGAAAUCCGUCAAAUCCUAGAUGAACACGGGAAAAGAAAAAGACCGCUUGACAACGCCGUUGAAAAGUCUGGAAAGCUUGUUCUUACAAACUGGAGUGAACAAAUUAAGCUGAAAAAGAAGCUGAUUGGGUUGACGAGGGAACAUGAAGCUCUCUUCAGCUUUGUGGAGAAAAAUAAGCAAAUCUGUACAGAGAAGGAAAAACAGAAGAUGUUGAACAGAUUGACUAAAUCAGCAGAGCUUCAGGCCAGAGUUGAUGAGGAAUAUUUUAACACUAACAUGGAGGGUCACCACAUCCGACUGAAGCUGGAGAACACGCUGAAAACCUGCUAUCAGAUUGUUCAGGAGCUUGAGAAGCAAAGAAUAGAGACUCUGUCCAACACCCUAGACAAGUACAGUCUCUUCAUGACUGUCUACGCACAGACCGUCGUUCACAGUCAUAAACAGAUCGAACAGGCCGUACACAAAGUUGAUGUGGAGAAGGACAUUCAGUCGCUGGUCGAGGACGUCAGCGCUACAGCGGAUGAAAGCAAAGCUGAAUUUCUCAUGGCUGACUACUUUGAGGAAGAAGGAAAAACAGUCAUGAGAAAAGACAGAAGGAAAGAUGCCAUCAGGACCAAACUUCAGCGUCUGGAGGACUGCAUCACGAAAUCAAAAAGUGACAGAGAAGGUUUAGAGAAAAUGGUGAAAGUAUACACAGAACAGCCAAACUUCUCCAAUCAAAAAAACCUGGAGGAAACGGAACAGUUACUGGAUGAGGCCAUCCUCAAACUGGACCUUUUGGAGGCGACGCAUUGCAAACUGACUCACAGUCUGGCAGAGAUAGAGGGCAAACCAAAAUCAAGACAUCGAUUCAGUGACAGCAUCACUAAAUGGAAAGAAAAGUAUGAACUUCUGGGAAUAUAA